AGUACUAACCCAGGGGCUGCUAAUAGGUGGCUGUUCCAUUCUCUCCCUGGUGAUUGCUUGUGUUUGCCUCAUAAACCAACUCUGUUAUCAGCUCUUCUGUCCGGGAGGGAAGCCUGUGAUUUCAAGUGCUCCACAGCUUCAAGAACAAGGCAGAGAUGUUUAUAAGGGUCCUCUAUGGAGAUAGUGAAGAAAUGCUGUUUAAUAUUAACUGCAAGGUGCAACUUCUGCUGGAAGGUAUCAAGAGCGGCUGCCGCUGUGACAAUGAAGGUGAUGUGGAGUUAGCGGAUGAAAGUGGACAAGUGAAAAAUCUGCUGGAAAAUCAGCAGCGCUACGCCAACGAGGUGCUCAGCGAGAGAGAGACCUGUGUGCUGCUUGCUGUAACAAGACUUCAGGAUUCCUCGGAUGUCAUAUUUACACCCUUACUCAACGAUGACAACAUUGUGAACUCUAAAUUUCUUGCAAAAUUAGGAAACUGGGGAGAAUCCAAGGAUUCAAGUCGCAAGCCGAAAUCUAAAAAGUCCAAUCGAAAAAGCACAGUGGUGAUUUCCACCCCUCCGGAUUUGACUGCAAAACAGAACACACCUAUACGAAAACGGUCAAUAAAGCCAUGAGAAAGCGUGUCACACUAGAGAACCCGAUAAACCUCUGUCAGACCAUGAAGUGACAUUGAGCUCUCGACAUCAACCUAUACCACCAUCCCAAUCCUGAGAGCUUCCCCCAUUGCUUUUUAUCUAUUCCAUAUCAUCAUAUAAAUGUGUUAUUUCUACAGCUGGAUCCAGGAUAACCAAUGGGCUUCUGCUCUGAAACCACUGCUACAAUUUCAGUAAUAUGAAUUUGAAUUGUGAAAGCUU